AUGAGGGCAAUUCCUUGGUGGACAGCCGCCCUUUACGCGGCCUUCCAGCCAAACGGCCUCCUUGUGCAUGCCGAUAGCGGCAAAAUUGAGAAUACUGUGGAACCUGUUGCAUCUUUGGAUUUCUCUCAUUCGUAUGUCAAACGCUCCUCCGCAGCAAUGCCGCAACCAGGAGAGACCACUGUUUCUUUUGCCGACAAGGACGUAUCCCGAGAAGGUAGGAGUAGUGGCCCUGGGGAAACAGAUGAUCCUGAACAAGAAACACAGCCAUUCUCAACGAAAACGGACCGCGAUCACCCCCCAUCUCGUCCCCCUGAACCCCAUGCAUUCAGCCCUCUUGGGGCAGUCUUUCAUGAGCCGAGGGUUCACCUUGAACGGAUUUACGAAAAACUUGGAGGGCAAGUGAAGGCACGGGACCCGGUACAGGAGCUUAUGCAGCGCCUAGCUAAAGACGUUUUCCCACUCUUCAGGAGGCUAAAGUUUUGGGGUAAUCCACCUACUGUAUUUUCUGAGCAGUCCGGCGGUGAAGCAGCUCCGGGGCGGGAAGCAGUUGCCCUUGUUGUUCAGGAGAUGGACGGAAGGACCAUGCCGAUGUAUGAAGACUGGCGCCGCCAGCUAGUCUAUCAAACGAUCAUGCGAAUCCUCCAGCAGCGUUCCCCCUUACUGAUGAAUUCCAUAUCUGGGAACAGAGAGGUUGUGUUCACCAUCGAGGGCUAUGUCCCGGUAGCUGGCUGGGGAGUCUGCGUGCGUGUUGCUCACCCAGAGACGAAUCAGAAAUUCGUGCUGAUAGACUUUGUCUCCUUCGGCGAUAGUACGUGGGGACACGGGCUGGAGGAAAAGCUGCGUGAAACCGCAAGGCCGCUGCGAACAUUGGGUCUGACAGAUCCGCGUCAGGCCUACCUACUUGAUCGCCUUAUGCUGCCCUUGGACUUGCUGGAAAUUCCGAAGGCCAGCCGUUACUUUUUCAGUAACGAGUUUGUCAUUCCCAACCUUUUCGUUCUGAUGCCGCGGCCAGCCUCGACGCUCGAGCAGCUCCUCUCAUUUCUGAGCGCGAUGAGGGACUUGCAAACGGCGUUCGCCGCCCGGCUCAGUCUGACGAUUCAGGUAAUACAGGUGGUUGCAGGAUUACAUAAUCGCGGAAUUAUUUACGGAGAUCUGCAUCCGAAUUCAUUUCUCGUGAGCUCGAACGGCGCUGUUUUUCUUGGACUUUUUUGCCGCGUGCGAGCAGCAAGAAAGAACAGCCGAUGCAUGAAACAUGUGCCGACGGGAGCAACGGGAUGCGACCAGGAAAAGGCCGGCGUGCGGGAUAAUAAAACUGAUGCGUGGGCACUCGGUGCAGUAUUAUACUAUAUCUGGUGCGACAUUUUCCCUUCUGGUCUCCUUGGGGGGGAGCAACUGUCUUCUGACGCGCUGCGCAAGAAUUUUCUACUCGAAUUUACAGGGUGUGCAAGCAGCAUGCCCGAUGCUGCGAAAGUACUGAUCGGGCAGAUGCUCGACAGCCGUAGUAGUACACGACUCACAGCGACAGAAAUUCUGCGUGAAGCUUCUUUCGGGCAUCUACAGGGUCUUCUGUCUGCUUUAUCAACUUCCGUUGCGACCUCCAGAACAGAACGGAGGUCACAGAGAGAUCGAACGAAUAUGCGGGCUCUGCGGAGACGGAGGCGCAGGCUGCAUCCGUACAACGGCCAUCUUUUCGAUUCGUGA